AGAUUUCAAAAGAAAGUUUGAAUCCCUUUUAUUUCUUCUCUUUAUUUGUUUGAAGGCAAGAAAAGUAUCCGUUUCUUGGAGGAAGUUUCUCUCUUUCAGAUUCUCACUUUUCUUCAAGAUUUUACUUGUUAUUUUCUAGAAACCAUUAAUUUGCAUAAAAAUAGAGUUUAGAAUAUCUACAAAAUGGGAGUUUCAGGAACCUUAGAGUACCUGUCUGAGUUUAUGAGCAGUGGACAUAAAUACAAGAAGAGGAAGCAAUUUCAAACUGUGUAUCUCAAGGUGAGGAUGGACUGUGAUGGCUGUGAACUUAAAGUCAAGAAAGCCUUGUCUUCAUUAAGUGGAGUUAAGUCUGUGGAGAUAAACAGGAAACAACAGAAGGUGACAGUAACAGGAUAUGUUGAACAGAGCAAAGUGUUGAAGAAGGCAAAGUCAACAGGGAAAAAGGCAGAGAUUUGGCCAUAUGUACCCUACAAUCUUGUGGCACAACCCUAUGCAAUUCAAGCUUAUGACAAGAAGGCACCCCCUGGUUUUGUCAGAAAAGUAGACAACUCAACUACUGGAAAUGGUCCCAGAUUUGAGGACCCCUACAUUACAAUGUUCAGUGAUGAUAAUCCAAAUGCCUGCUCUAUCAUGUAAAAGAAAAACAUAAUGGUCGACUGGAUGUCUGUCACUCAAACGUUUCUGGGCUUCUUUUCAAGCUAUAUUAUUUUUGUUUUCUAUUUUUAUCCUUUUUUGGUUAAUUUAGGUACUUUUCUCAAGUGGGAUUAAUGAGGCUACUGUUGAAUCUGGGUUCAACUGGUUUUGGUGGAAUUAAUGACUUAUGUAGAAUCAAGAAUGAAUGGUUUUGUGUACUUAAUUAAUAUGAAUAAAGUAUUCUGCUAUUGAGGAAA